AUGUUCGUACCCCAGCCGUCGUCCUCGUCGUCGUCGUUGCCUCCACGGCCUCGGUCGUCGGCGGGUGGUGCGAAGGAGGGAGGCCUGGGCAGCGAGUCGUCCGGCACGGGGUCCGCGACGGAGGCGAGGUCCAGGGCGCGGGAGCCCGAAGACCAAGGCCGGUGCGGGAGCGUAACUACAGCGAGUGCCCAAGCCGGCCCGCCACUGGAGACGGGCUCCACGGUGGAGGCGAGGCCCAGGGCGCCGGAGCCCGGAGACCAAGGUCGGUGCAGUGGGAGCGCGCCUGAGGUGAGCACGCCGGCCGAGCCGGAGCCGCAGGCGCCGCCCUGCCCAGAGCCGAGGGCAGCGACCGCGCCCGAGUUGCCAGCGCCGGCCGAGCCCGCCCCGAGUACUUCGAGGAUGGGGCGAAUGGCCUCGGCGAGGGUGGUGCCAACGUGGCAACAAUCGGGGACCCCGAGCGCCUCUGCAGAGAGGGCUCGUAGGGGACCCAGCACCCAGCCGUCGUCCAGCCAGGCCGCCGAACCCCUCCCGGACGUGCUAGGAAGCUCCCGGGAGAUGAUCGAGCGGCUGGAGGCAGCCGUGGUGGGGGAGCGGGCGCAGCUCGAGGCAGACCGCACCGCCCUCGUCGAGGAGAGGGGGCGUCUGGAGGAGGUCGGCCGGCUUUUGGAGGCCCGCAUCGCCUCGGCCAGCGUGAACCAUGAGAGGGAGAAGCGCGUGGUGGCCGAGGAGCAGGAGGCGCUGGGGGAGAUACGCGAAGAAGCCGUUGCCGCGCAGGAGGAGGCCACCCGCUUGGGGGAGAUAUCGUGGUAG